UCUUAUACAAGCUUCCAAAGACAAACCAAAACAAUAAAACAUAUCUGAAAUUGCAUGGAGGUGAAAUGGCGUAUUAUGACAGCACUUCAAAAACGCCAACAUGGACAUUGUUGCAAUCGGAUAUAUACCAUGACAUAAAGAACCCAGUUAAGGAGACGCUUAAACUCAUUUUUGGCAAAAAACCUGACAAAGGUGUCGCAUUCGUGGUAUACAAUGAUCAGCCACCGAAAAAUUUUAGUGGAACACGAGGGGGACAUUCGAAAGGCGUCCUCAUGGCCGGGAAAGGGAAGAACGUUGGCACAGUGUGGCUGCAGCACAGUGUUCCCAGGUUCUUGGAAGAUCUGGAACAAGGCUAUGUGUACCCAACCAGUGGACGAGAGAACGGACAGUUGUUUCUUUGCCUUUCAAUGAAGCUGGAGGCAGUUGAAGUAGUUGCCAGUCAUCUUCAAGUGCAAGCAGCCAACAUUUACCAAAGAAGAGUGCCAGAUUGGGCUAAAGCCUUUCCACAAUUUUGGAAUAUACUCAACAAAAUUAUACGAGGAGCCCGAAAGAAUUAA